GUACCAAACUCCCUUUUUGACGUUUCUCUCCUCCCUCUGCAUCUUCGUACAGACUGAUGCCUGCAUCAGCUUACAAAAGCGGUGGCCGAGGUGGCUCUGGAUCUCGCUCGCAAGCUGCUCGAGAGCCGCCUGUAUCACUCCACAUGCAUCAGCCUACUUACCCUCCGUCUAACGCUACGAUUCAAGCGUACGAAGCGAAUCUCAUAUGGGAUGAACCUGAACGCGCGACAGAACAGGCUCAAAAGUCGACAGAGCUAUCCCAUGGGCGUCGAUCAGCUGGAAGAGGUCUGAUCCAGUGGCAUGGAGAGGAAGGGGAGGAGGAUAUCUGGAUCGACAGAUACGACAUCCUCCACCUCUUACCAUCUUUACCCUCUUCUGGACCUUCCAGAUCUCGGCAUGGACAAGGACGAUCGCCUCCUCCUAACCCUCCUCAUUCUCCAACCGCGUCAUCUUCUAACUCUCUCAGCUCUUCAUGGGCAGAUCUUCCGUCAGAUCUCGAACAGACAUUCGAAUUAUCCUCAGACGAAGAGUUUGAAGCCUACGAGCGAGAGAAGAAGAAGAAAUGGAUAGACGCGCUAAGGGAAGAGAGAUUAAGAGAGAGAGCGAAGGAGGAUCAAGUGAGAGAGAGGGAAGAUGAAAGUACGGCUAAGGCGAAGAGUGCAACUGUGUGGAAAGGGGAUGACGAGGUGCCUCCAGAUCCCAUUCUCACGUUGAUGUCCCACACUGCCAUGUCCUUGUCCAAAUCUCCCAACCCCUCACUCCUCGAGAUGAGAAUUCUCGCCAAUCACUCAACGGACGAGCGUUUCGCAUUUCUCAGAGGGAGAUGGAAAGAUAUAUGGGUACGAAUUAAGGAUGAAGUGAGGAGACAGCGACGUGUAGAACCGGGUCUCAAAGAGAAGGAAGAGCGGAAUGUGGGGAUGUUGGUCGGAGGAUACGAAAGUGAUGAACCAGAGGACGAGGCGGAAGAGGAUGAGGAGGAGGAAGAGCAAAUGGAUCGCGAGUCGAGAGAACCUUCAAACAGUCCACCGCCUCCACCACCUUCACCUCCGGGGGAUCCUCCUUCACAAGGUGAUAGAAGACAGAGCCCCAUUAGAUUGCCCGUUGUCGCGAAUGCCAACGACGAGGACAAGCGUCUAGAAAGACGACGCAAAGUGGAAGAAUGGAAGAUGCGUCGAGAAGCUCAAUGACGAGCGCGAGAGAGAGAGGUUGAUGCAUACAGGAAUGGUACAAUAUGGAUUGUUUGCGUCGUCUAUCGUGA